CCCGUUGUCCGUUCCUCUGGCAGCUUUGGUCGCGAGCGAGAGAGCGAGCGGCCGCGUCGUCGUCUUCCUCGUGAAUCCUCGCCGCGAUCGCCGCUCGAAUCCAAACCAAUUCGCGACGGCCGGGCGGGCUCCGAUCCACCACCACCACCCCUCCCCUCCCGCCGCGGGCCUGCGGCCGUUAUCCCGAAGCCCCAGCGUGGGGCAGCGCCGGCCACCCGCGGAGGGCUCCUGGGGGAGCGGCUGAAAACCCCGCCCCGCGGCGUAGGGGUCGCUGAAGCGGCUGCUCCGGCUCCUGCCAAUGGCGCGGAUCCAGCCUGUUCUGGAUGAAAGAAUGGACCCAUUUCUUGGUAGAUUGACUAGACCAACCACCAUUGACCAAUCAUGGUGUACUACUCAGAGUGGCCUGUCCUUGUUCAAUGGGCCUUUCCCUGACGCUAGGAUUUCUUCUGCAGAGCUUAACAACAGUUUUAUCGAGUUCAAGGAUACAACUAUGCCAUCUGAUGUCCCAAACAGCUUUGAACCAUUUGCAACGGUAGCGUCGUGGUUGCGUCAACACCUUCUGGAUGCAAAUGUUGAAGUUACUUAUACAGAGUACUUAGAUUUGAUGAAAGUAGAAAUUGAUCAGCGGCUUAAUAAGCUCACCGAGGAUAUAAGGGUCUUUAAAAGCUAUAACUUGACCCAUAAAUAUGAUGCAAAUGGUUCAUGCUCUACAGCUUGCCAUGUCGGGAAGCUAACCGAGAUAGAUGAGGGGUUCAACUGCUUGAAGGUGUUGCUGGUUGUGGUGUUCCAACAAAUUAGAGAGAUGCUCACAUUGGUCAAUGCUUCGAUUCGUGAUCUUCAGUGCGAACAUGAAUUACAGUUAGAGCUUACUGGCAUUAUUAUUGGAGACCGCAUUAGAGGUCUUCAGGACGAGCUAGAGAGGAAGUUGUAUGAGCAAAGUUCCAUAGUGAGGAGUCUAAGGAAAAACUGGCAGGAAACUGUGGUUCAGUGUGCUUCCAUCCGUGAAGACCUGAUUGCUAUUUCUGAUAUACUAUUACCUUCAGAAGAGGAACCCCAUAUUCCCCUUUGUAGGCAUGAAAGUUUGGGUAACUGGAGCGACAGAUGGAAGUUCAGCUUUUUCAGAAAGAGAACACACCAGGAUCACUCUCUAUCUUCCUCCGAGCAAAACCAAAAUUCCGCGACACAGAAAUCUAUAAGUUCCAGUGAAGUUAUUUCAGAAAAAUCUGAUUUCCGACAUCUGAAGGGUAUGAAUAGACAAGAAAUGCUUAACUACUUCAGAUCUGAGAUCAGUAAAUUAAAAAGGCUGCAUGAGUUGGAUUUGCAAGAGAAAACAGAAGAGCUGUUCAAAUUCAAACGAGAGAAAUGGUCAUUGGCUCUUAAGUAUGAUGUAGAAUUCGAGCCUUUAAGGAAGAAAUUCCCUGAGGUCAUUUCAAGAUUUGACCAAAUCAUGUCUAAUGGAAUGACAGCACCUACAACCUGCAGUACUAGUGAUGCACUUGAUGAAAGAAGCAGAUUGAAUAGUAGAAUUGAUUCACUAUACCAUGACAACCAGCAUCUUCGGUGUUUGCUUGCAGAGAAGACGAAGAAUGUUCAGGAAUUAUCACGCCAGGUAUCUGAUGCCAGUAGGAAAAUGUCACUUCAAUAUUCUCUAGAAAAACAACUUUUGAGACAAGUCAACAACACUAAAGAAGAGUAUGAGGAUCUUUAUGUUGAAAACACUAUCAGAAAUGAAAUUUACCAAACCGUUAUAAGAAAAUUGAUUGAUAGUCAUAGGAACAUCUUGGUGGAUACUGCCCAAAACUUUCAUGCAAAACUGUCCUCAUAUGAAGCUGCACUCUCAGAAAAGGACAAGGCCUUGUGUUUAUCUAAUGAAGAAAAUCAGAAGCUAAAGGAAAAGUUGUCAACACUAGAAAAGGAGCAUUUUAUCCAAUAUAACCAGCAAGAUCCAGAGCUAAACAAGGAAGAGAGUGAGGAAAUGAUACUUCGUGAUAUUGAGAUGGAGCCUCAUGUGGCACCACAAAGAUCAUAUGAGAUUUCUGAUCAGGCCAUGCCAUAUGAGGAGCUCAUCAAGCUGAAUCAGACUUUAGAGGUUGCCUCAACCACCUUAAAAGAAGUUGAAACAAAAACGUUAGAUUACAGUGAUAUCCUAGGUAAAAGAGAGCAAGAAGAGCAGCUAGACUGCAUUCUGGUAUCAAUCAUGGGUUUAUCAAAAGAAUUUGUGGAGAUUGAAUAUAAAAUGUCAGAAGAUAUAAAAGGAAAUGAGAAAAAGACAGAAAUCCUGAAUGAUCGAUGCAACCAUAUGGUACAACAGGCCAUUGUAUUGACAAAGAAAGGCCUAUGGUACAAGCAAAUGAUUGACACAAGACGUUCUGAGCUUCAAAAAGCUGAAUCUGAGGUUGAUAUUUUGGGAAACAAGGUCAAUGCACUCUUAAGCCUUGUUCAAAAGAUAUACGUAACUCUUGAGCACUACUCUUCUGUUUUCCAGCAUCAUCCUGUGUUACUGGAUGCUUUCUUGAAGACAUGCAAGCUUGUUGCAGGUAUAAGAAGCAGGCAAAAAGAGGAAUUACAAGAUACAACAUAAUUUGGAGCAGCUAGAAAAUUUAGGCCCAGAAUUAGUUGAGUGGCUUAAGAGCCACUAGCGAGGUAUUAAUUUCCUGGUGGAGGAACAGCAUACUGUCACAAGACUAUGAGAUCGAUCCAUGGCCAAAUGGACCCUGCAAAUCUGCAGCCACAAUGAAGCUGAGGUGGUCCAUUGGACUGAAUUUUGAAAACUAAGGGUAUGAAUGUCGAGGCAAUUGCACUGCAAUAUCUUUCUGAAUUGUAGUAAUGCGUUUGUCUAAACAUCAUUGGUAAUGGAUGCAGUUGUACCUUCGCUGCUCACUCCGCGAGGAUUUGUUAGAUUCACAUCCUUUAUGGUGUAUAUAGAAGUGAAUACACCUUCUAAUGUACAAAUUAUGAUAGUUCAGUUCAUAACUGCGAGAGUGAUAGCAUUUUUGUCAGCAGCAUGUAUAGAAAUGAUUUCACUCUUAUACAAGCCAUAGUCGUAUUGUAAGCAUUCACUACUUUAAGGUACCUUUACUAGAUUAUAGUUAUUUUUUUCUCCUUAUAAAUUUUAUAGUCCUGGUUUGUAUUAAUGGUCUUAUGAACGUCUACAUGAUAUUCUUAUGUACUACAUUUGUUCAUUUUUCGAGGAAGCAAAAACUUCUCCAGGGCAAUAAUUUUUUAUUUUGGAUA